ACUGAAUUGAUCAAAAUGCCUUUCAAGCCAGUUGAACACCCGAAAUGCCCAAAAUGCGGUAAAUCUGUGUACGCAGCCGAGGAAAUGGUAGCCGGUGGCUAUAAAUACCACAAGUUUUGCUUCAAAUGCGCAAUGUGUAACAAAUUGCUGGAUUCGACAAGCUGUUGUGAGCAUCAAGUUGAACUCUACUGUAGACAGUGUUAUGGUAGGAAGUACGGUCCGAAAGGAGUAGGUUUCGGUCUUGGCGCUGGCGCACUUACCAUGGACACUGGCGAACAGUUCGGCAACACUGAAGUCGAAAUGACGUAA